AUGCUUAUGAGUAGGUUCGGAGAAUUUAGGGGCCAAAUCGAGUUCAGUGACAUUGAAAAGGAGUUUGAGUAUAGCGAAUCCUUCAUCGGGUUAUCAAGAACAAGAGAGAAAAUUACAUUGGAAAAAUUCAAAGAGAAAAAGGAGAACCAAGUAGUAAACAUCAACAAAAUACUUGAAGACUGUAAAGAAUAUGAGCUGAUGUUCACUGAUGGGUCGACGCUAGGCAAUCCCGGACGGGGGCAGGAUAGAAGACAAAGUGAUUUAAAGGAUAUGAGAGAUAGCUACGAGUAUAGAUACGAGAACGGGCUUCCUGUUACUCUGAAGAAGCUGCCAGAACAGGAAAAGUUUUCCUUUAUGUACGGCUUGAAGAUAGCGGAUAUACUUUCGGACCAAUUGUUUGAUUCUGUGGUCGGCUCGACGUGCGAGAAUCUCUCUGAUUUUGUUAAAUUGUGCAAAUUGUUUUGGGAGCCACAUGAAAUAGACAGAUGGGACGACGACGAGAAAUUUGGUUUACAGCGCUUACUAGGGGUGAACAGUUCUGUCAUUCGUCGAGUAAAAGAUAUGAAACAACUGGAGAAACUGCAUGUCGGUGAACAAGACAUUCAACCACUCCUACAGGGUCUCACGUUGAAAGAUGCCAUAAAAGCAAGACAGCUUUUCAUUGUCGACCACGCUAUCCUAGAUAAGUGUCCUAAAAGUCCGAAUAUCAUCUUAUGUUCGCCAAUAGCUCUUUUCUUCUUGAAAGAAGACAAACUAAUGCCAGUAGCUAUCCAGUUAUUUCAGAGCAGAAGCGACAACAACCCGGUAUUUUUUCCAACAGAUGACAAGUACACGUGGAUUUUGGCGAAAAUGUGGUUCAACAAUGCAGAUGCUCAAAUCCAUCAAGCAAUUUCUCAUCUCGGAUACACACACUUGAUAAUGGAGGGUUUUGCGAUCGCUGCACAUCGACAUCUUUCAAAAUUACAUCCGAUUUUCAAACUUUUGGCUCCACACUUUCUUUACUUGAUGGCCAUCAAUGAUCUUGGAUUGAAAGAACUUCUUGCGAAGGGAGAAUUGAUUGAUAAACUGAUGUCAAUGGGGUCGGAAGGAGCAGAUUACCUGAUAGCAAAGCACAAGGACACCUGGCGCUUGAACGUCGAGGGUUGCCUUCCAGCUGAUAUUGUCGAUCGGGGAGUUGAACCUACUGAUGUUCCGUUUUAUCCAUUUCGAGACGAUGCUCUGCUUACGUACAAAGCCAUAGAGGAAUACGUUGAUUCGUGCGUCAGCUUGUUUUACAGGUCAGACAAAGUCCUAAUAGAGGAUCCCGAGAUACAGGCCUGGCGGUAUGACAUGGAUCGAUCUGCAUCCGAUGGCGGACUUGGAGUCAAGGGUAUUCCAGGAGAACAGGGAAGCUUCCAAAAACGAGAAGAAUUGGCUCUUGUACUAAAAUGCAUAAUUUACACGUGCAGUGUCUGGCAUGCUGCCGUGAACUUCAAGCAGUAUGACGAGUACGCAUUGACGCUUAUUGGGCACCCACCCAAGGACAAGAGAGAACGUGAUCUGAAAGAGGAUGCCAUCCCAACGAUCCAACCAAUAAACAAAUUGCUCACACUCAUGGGACUGACAAAAGUGCUCAGUACACGUGCAACAAAUGCUCUGGGGAAUUUUGAAGUGAACUACAUUCAUGACCCGGCAGCAGUCGAACUGGUCGAACAGUUUCAGAAAAACCUGGAAAAUACCAGAAAAGAAAUCGAGAAAAGAAACGAAACAAGAUCUGCGGAGAGAGCAUAUCCAUUCCUUAACCCCGCCGAAAUACCAAAUGCAAUCAGCAUUUGA